CAAACAGGAAGCUGUCCAGAUAACGCUCGCUGUCCGACGCAGCGGCCGGGCCAGGCUCCCUCUGUAAACAGCAGCUGUGGAGGCCCGGCGCAGUGUGCUCACGGGCCUGCGAUGGGCAGGACGCCCCCGUCGCGUAGCGCGCACUCAGGGGUCACUGCCCUACGUGCAAUGAAGCGGGCCCGGGCCCUGGCGGGCGCUCUAAUAGGCCUGGCCUUCCUGUCACUGCUGUCGCCUGGAUGUCCUCAGCCGACUGCGGACGACGCCUGCUCCGUACAGAUCCUUGUCCCCGGCCUCAAAGGAGAUGCGGGGAGCAAGGGGGACAAAGGCGCCCCAGGUCGGCCCGGAAGAGUCGGCCCCACGGGAGAGAAAGGAGACGUGGGGGACAAAGGACAGAAGGGCAGCGUGGGCCGCCAUGGGAAGAUCGGCCCUGCAGGCACGAAAGGUGAAAAGGGAGAUUCUGGUGACGUCGGACCCCCCGGCCCUAAUGGAGAGCCAGGCAUCCCCUGUGAGUGCAGCCAGCUGAGGAAGGCCAUCGGGGAGAUGGACAACCAGGUCACCCAGCUGACCACAGAGCUGAAGUUCAUAAAAAACGCACUGCCCUCCCCUGCAGCUGUUGCUGGCGUACGGGAGACAGAGAGCAAGAUCUACCUGCUUGUGAAGGAGGAGAAGAGGUACGUGGAUGCACAGCUCUCCUGCCAGCGCAGAGGUGGCAUGCUGGGCAUGCCCAAGGACGAGGCGGCUAAUGGCCUCAUGGCCGCCUACCUGGCGCAGGCCGGCCUGGCGCGGGUCUUCAUCGGCAUCAAUGACCUGGAGCAGGAGGGCGCCUUCGUGUACUCGGACCGCUCCCCCAUGCAGACCUUCAGCAAGUGGCGCAGUGGCGAGCCAAACAAUGCCUAUGACGAGGAGGACUGUGUGGAGAUGGUGGCCUCGGGGGGCUGGAAUGACGUGGCCUGCCACAUCACCAUGUAUUUCAUGUGCGAGUUUGACAAGGAGAACGUGUGACAGGCACCCGCCUGUGUGAGUCCCGCCUGCUACAGUGCCGUCAGUGGUUUCUCUCUGCACGCAGGCUGCCGGGCUGAUGUCAGGGCGCGGCGUGUCCUCGCGACGGGACAGCUGUUUCCGGGGUGCCGGCUCUGGGAACAGCCUCUCACCUGUACUGUGUCGACGCCUCAGUGUACUUACUCCCAGAACUGCUCUCCCAGAAAGUGCUUGCCUUUGUCCCAACUAUGAAAUAAAAGCUCACAUACGCAGCAGUCAA